UCAAACAGGAGUCUGUGGGUCCUGGAACCAUGCGUGUCCAACGGAGGUGGGAGUAGUCCCAACGUAGCCAGGCAUAUCUACCAUCCCGUGACCUACAAGAACGUGACCCUGUUAAUUCAGAAGAGAAAAAAGCACUUCUUGUUGCUGCACCACUUCUGGUGGCCUUCAGAAAUAAACAGAAAGGUGAAAGAACGGAGCUUUCAGAAGCAAACCUGGAGCCUUCAGACGCAAACCUGGAUAUGGAGGUUUUGUCUUUUACUGUCUAUUCUAACAUGCAGGAGGCCCUAGGAGUCGUUAAUCUGCGGGGCAAGCAUAUCAGAGCUUAAGGAUGAAAAGCGAUACUCAGUGUUGGCAGAGAUUGUCAAGCAUGUGGGCUCCCGCAUAGUCCUUGUGGGGUGAUAAACUGGCAGAACCACUUUGGGAAGCUGGUAGUUCCGCCCAGUGCUGAACAUGACUGUAACCUCUCACUCCACAAAUCUAUCCCAGAUUGGAGGGAGGCUGAACUGGUGAGAAGCGACUGGCAAGAGACUCAGAGGCGACCAUAAUGUCGUUAAGGCUCCACACACUGCCCACCCUGCCUAGAGCUGUCAAACCGGGUUGCAGAGAGCUGCUGUGUCUGUUGGUGAUCGCAGUGAUGGUAAGCCCCAGCGCCUCAGGAAUGUGCCCCACUGCUUGCAUCUGUGCCACCGAUAUUGUCAGCUGCACCAACAAAAACCUGUCUAAGGUGCCUGGGAACCUUUUCAGACUGAUUAAAAGACUGGAUCUGAGCUAUAACAGAAUCGGACUUCUGGAUGCCGACUGGAUCCCGGUGUCGUUUGUCAAGCUGAGCACCUUAAUUCUUCGUCACAACGACAUCACCAGUAUCUCCACGGGCAGUUUCUCCACGACUCCCAAUUUAAAGUGUCUGGACUUAUCAUCCAAUAGGCUGAAGUCGGUGAGGAGUGCCACGUUCCAAGAGCUGAGGGCUCUGGAAGUGCUGCUGCUCUACAACAACCACAUUUCCUAUCUGGACCCGGCGGCGUUCGGAGGACUCGCCCACUUGCAGAAACUCUACUUGAGUGGGAACCUCCUCACGCAGUUCCCUAUGGAUUUGUAUGUCGGGAGGUUCAAGCUGGCUGACCUGACCUUUUUAGACGUUUCUUAUAAUCGAAUCCCUUCCAUACCAAUGCACCAUAUAAAUCUAGUGCCCGGGAAACAGCUGCGAGGCAUCUACCUUCACGGGAACCCGUUUGUCUGUGAUUGUUCCCUGUACUCCUUGCUGACCUUUUGGUACCGUAGGCACUUUAGCUCUGUGAUGGAUUUUAAGAAUGACUACACCUGUCGCCUGUGGUCUGACUCCAGGCACUCCCACCAGCUGCAGCUGCUCCAGGAGGGCUUUCUGAACUGUUCUUAUAGCGUUAUCAACGGCUCCUUCCAUGCACUUGGCUUUAUCCACGAGGCUCAGGUUGGGGAAAGGGCGAUCGUCCACUGUGACAGCAAGACUGCUAAUGGAAAUACUGAUUUCAUCUGGGUCGGCCCCGAUAACAGACUGCUGGAACCAGAUAAAGACACGGGGAACUUUCGUGUGUUUUACAACGGGAGUCUGGUUAUAGAGAACCCAGGUUUUGAGGACGCUGGAGUUUAUUCUUGUAUCGCAAUGAACAGGCAGAGGCUGUUAAAUGAGACCGUGGAUAUCAUGAUAAACGUGAGCAAUUUCACCAUAAACAGGUCCCACGCCCACGAGGCUUUUAACACGGCCUUUACCACUCUGGCCGCCUGCGUGGCCAGUAUAGUUCUAGUGCUACUGUACCUGUACCUGACACCGUGCCCCUGCACAUGUAAAGCCAAGAGACAGAAAAACAUGCUGAGCCAAAGCAGUGCCCAUUCGUCCAUUCUCAGCCCCGGCCCCACUAGUGAUGCCUCUGCUGAUGAUCGGAAGGCAGGUAAAAGAGUGGUGUUUCUGGAGCCCCUGAAGGAUACUGCUGCGGCGGCGGCCGUGGCGGGACAGAAUGGGAAAAUCAAGCUUUUCCCUAGGGAGACCAUUAUAGCCGAGGGCAUCUUAAAGUCCACCAGGGCCAAAUCUGACUCAGACUCAGUCAAUUCCGUGUUCUCAGACACACCCUUUGUGGCUUCUACUUAGCUGGGUGCCUGCCUGUGUUCUUGUCUGGUGUGUGUGAUUUAAUCUCUCCCUACUUUAACUUUGGUCUGCAGAACUAGUAGUAGGACAGCAACUGUUUUGUCUUUUGAGAUAAAUCCAAAGGGUGUCUUUUAAGAUGGUUGCUAGGACGUGAGAGGCAAAGCUUCUCGUGCUGGGUGAAGAGGCAGUUGAUGUUGAGAGUUUGAGCUCCCAGUAGCCGCAUCUUAGCCCUCAGCCUCGCGGAGGAUUUCAAAGCUGCCUUGAAGGCAAUAGGACCGGCCAUUAUCUCUUUAUUUGGUUUUCUUGAGGGAAAAAUAAAGCUAUGUGUUAGCAUUCUUUAAAAAUAGACUCUUUUGACUUUCUAGAACCAAAGUUGAGCUGAGCUUGUUCUUUUUCUUUUUUCUUUUUUUUAAAAGAAAAACAUGAGUGGCUUCUUCCCCUUUUAAAAGAUACAGAAGGAAGAAUUGGUUAUUUAUAAAGCACAAAGUUAGCAUAGAGGUUUUUCAGCCAAAAUCAUCAAUUCAACCAGAAUAGACAAACUUUAGAACAUCCACAUGACUAUGCCACAUCGUAUGUGGUGCAAAGGGGCAUAUUCUGUUUAGCCGUCUUCUCUGUAAUCUCUGGGCUGUAUCCUGGUACAAAAGAUGUCGCUGAAACAUUAAAGGCGUCAUUAUUUGAUGCCAAGGAUAUGUGUCAAUACCGAAAUGUCUGAGUAACUUCCUAGACCUUCGUCGUAGCAGACUCACAUCUGUCCAUCUGCUUGUGUAUAUGUAAAACCUUAAGUUACAUGAACGGCUGCAUAGACCCCAAUGUACUGUGUUUCAGACGUUUAAAUCACUGUAAAUGCAUGUGCUCUGGGA